CGCAAUCCAUAAUGUUUCGCACAGGUCUUCAGCUGUGUUGUGUUUUUAUCGCAUUGGUCUCUGUAAAUACCCAGAAUGAAGAGCCUAAAGAACAGUCCAGCAGAGGUUUCCAACCUUGGCUUACAGGAAUCAUUGCAGUCGUUGUGUUUUUGUGCGUAUGUUUCAUUGGAUUUAUCAUGAAUAAACUCUGGUGCAAAAAUUCUGAGGAGAGUAAUCAACCAGAACCACCAGCAACAGAAGCUGACUAUGCAAAUAUUAAUGGAACACAAAUCACUGAAACCCUGACUUUAAAAGAUGCUGUGAGAUCCAGUGAACAUCCUAAUGCCUAUGAAAACAUGUGUGAGAUCAACAAUGAUGAAUCGCCAAAGAUAACUAUAACUGCAAUGUAGUGCUAUUAAGGUGUUUUUCAAAAGAUCUAUUUACAGUAAUAGAUUAAUAUUGUAUGAUUUAUUGGAUGCACAGCACAUUUCCUUGCUUAUUUUUGAAUAUGCAGGUGGUAUAUGACAUAUUAUGGAGAAAUUCUAAUGAUAUGGAGCUUUUAGUACAACUUUAACCACAUUUUUCAAUGAGUCUGAGUAUUUCACAUGUAUGAGCUUUUAAAUUUGAUUUUUUUGAAUAUAUUUUUAUGUAAAAAUUCAGAUUUUUUUCUUUCCCUGAGCUUUGGGGUAGGCAGGUGACCUGCUCAUAAAUGCCACUUUGUACAUCACAUGCACUGCUUACUCCGAAAUAUGUGACAGCAGUUCAGGAUUUUUCAACUUCUGAUUUUUGUGAACAAAUUCCCCUCUACACUGACUAUAUCUCCUGAACACAAUCAUGCCAAGAACUGAACCCUGAACUGAACUGAAUUCUGGAAGGAGCCAUAGGUUUGAGCCUGACAAGCUGCUGCUCUGAGCAGGCAGCAAGCUCCUAGGUCCACUCCUCCAUCACCCUCUACUCCUCAACCCCCUCCUAUGGCACCACCCCAUGCCCACGCAAAAGAUGC